AUGGCGACGUCUUCGCGACGACCGCAGGCGGCGACGGUGACCCCUCGCGCGGCCUGGGAAUACAUGUACGGGCCCCUUUACAAGCAGAGGACGAACGUUCUGGUCAGGAGAGUCAAGAGGAAGGAUGAAAGCAGCUUCAGGCUAUUAGCGCGCCUGUUUGUUGAGAAUCAGAUCGGCCUCGCCUUCAACCUCAUUGCUCUCCUCCUCCUCGCCCACGCCUUCAUCCCCAAGGCGAGACCCGUUACCUCCAAGUUCGUCACAUACUCGUACUUUAAUCCUGACACUGGAAAGUACGGCGUUGGCUUCGACGAUGGCUACUUUAUCACCUUCUGCAUCAUCCUCUUCACCGGCCUGCGUGCCAGCGUCAUGGAGUACAUCCUCGCUCCCAUCGCGAAGCUAGGUGGUGUUUCCAAGAGGAAGGACUUGGCGCGAUUCAGCGAGCAGGCCUGGCUACUCGUGUAUUAUACCAUCUUCUGGCCCCUCGGCGUGUAUAUCUACUACAACUCGAAAUACUGGCUCAACCUCCACGAGCUCUGGACUGACUGGCCCCAGAGGGAACUGCCCGGCCUGAUUAAGGGCUACGUGCUGGCUCAAUGGGCCUUUUGGCUGCAGCAGAUCCUUGUCAUCUACAUGGAGGAGCGACGGAAGGAUCACAACCAGAUGCUAACCCACCACUUUAUUACCAUCGGCUUGCUGUGCUCCUCCUACUUCUACCAUCAUACCCGCGUGGGCAACCUUGUCCUCGUCCUCAUGGAUGUUGUUGACAUUUUCCUUCCGCUUGCCAAGUGCCUCAAGUACACUGGCUACACCACAAUCUGCGACAUCAUGUUCGGCGUCUUCAUGGUCUCCUGGGUCUUCGCCCGCCACAUCUUCUACCUCAUGGUCUGCUGGUCCAUCUACGCCCACACCCCCGACCUCAUCCCCGGCGGAUGCUUCGAGGGUAGCGCCAAGACCCUGACCGGCCCCAACGACACCCCCGCCGACUACGCCUACCUCAUUGAACCCUUCCUGAACCCCGAGGGCCGCGUCUGCUUCACCCCCGCCGUCAGGUGGGCCUUCCUCGGCUCCCUCCUCGCCCUGCAGGUCCUUACCAUCCUAUGGUUCUUCAUGAUUGUGCGCGUUGCUGUGCGCGUCGUUAGCGGCGGCUCGGCCGAGGACGUGAGGAGCGACGAUGAGGGUGGCGAGAAGCACGAGGAUGGGGAAGUCGAGGUCCUCGAGCCGCUGGAGGAGGAGGUCGGCGUGGAGGAUCUCGAUCUCAAGGGGUGGGAGAGGAGGAAGCGCGUUAAGAGGCAGGCUACGUCUUCUGGCGUGAGCCUGCCCGGGCAUAGCGAUAGGAAGGAGCUUUUAGGGAGGAUUGGCUGCGAGAAGCAGGUGGAUUAA